UCUGGUCCAGCCUCCGUGUCCCCAUCCUCGUCUGGUCCAGCCUCCGUGUCCUCUUCCUCGUCUGGUCCAGCCUCCGUGUCCUCUUCCUCGUCUGGUCCAGCAUCAUCAUCAUCAUCAGCUUCAUCCGCGCCUGCAGCGUCAGCAUCAGCUUCUUUGGCUUCCGCAGCUGCCACGCUGCCGCCCGGUCCUGCCUUGCCUGGUCCGGCCUCAGCCUCGCCUGGUCCUGCAGUGGCAACUCUGCUGUCAGAGCCAGCUCGACCUGCGCCUCCUCGCCUUUCUUGGCCGCUUUUCAAGCCUCCGAGUCGGCAUCAUGGCCGUCGAGGGCGGCCCCUGAACUGUUUGCCCGGCGCCGCCGUUGCCGUGCGCACGGUCGGCCACCUGAACUGCUUUCCCCUUGGCUCCUGUGUUGUCGGCCCCCGGGCCGGCCCCCUGAACUGUGCCCACGUCGCCGCCGCUGCCGUCCUCACGGCCGAUCCCCUGAACUGUGCCCACGUCGCCGCCGUUGCCGUGCGCAUGGUCGGCCACCUGAACUGCUUUCCCCUUGGCUCCUGUACUGUCGGGACCAGGGUCGGCCCCCUGAACUAUGUUUCUGGACUCCAUUCCCUGCAACCCAUGGUUGUUUUUGGCCCGCCUGUUUUGUUUUGACUAAUUUCCAGGGCCCCUGUGCUUUUCGUGGACGUUUUGUGUUGGACUCUGUUCUGCGUUCAUGUGAUGGACGUUUUGGUUUUGUUCUGAGCCCUCCGUCCUGGGCCCCCGCCGCCCGCCCUGGUCGGGUGGUUUUGUGUUUGGGGCGUUUUUGUUUUUCCUGUUGGGCUGUCUGGAGCCAGCCCUUCAGGGGGGGGGUACUGUCACGGUUCUGGGUCAGUGUUGACCCAGCAUUUUGAGUUUCGUAUAUUUUGGUUUUAUUUUGUAUUAUGGAUUGUUUUCCUAUUCUUUUGUAGUGCUGCUGCUGAUGAUCUAGAGUUUCAUGUUUCUGUUUAUUCGUGUUUUAGGAAGGAGUGUGCCUCAUGUUAGUGUGUGCAGCUUUGUUCCCCCUGUCUCGUCAGUCCUGAUUUCUCCCAGCUGUGUCUCCCUUCUGUUGUCCAUUCCCUGAUUACUUCCCUGUGUAUAUUAGCCCUGUGUUUGCCCCUGCUCAGUGUCGCGUCGUACCCUCAACUAGCUGUGUGUGUUCUGUUUCCAGUGUUCCUUGCGUGUAGUCAUCUGCUCAGGUUUAGUUUUGUUUUCCAGUGUUUCAGACCUUAGUUCCUCUGUUCUGUCUUUUGUUGUCUUUUUGGUGAGUUUAGUUAAUUCAAGGUUUUGUCCCAGCAAUAAAGCUGCGCUUUAAGUUGAACUCCCUGUGUCUGAGUCCUGCAUUUUGGAUCCACCUCUCCUGCCUGCCUGCCACA